GUCCUCCUCCUCCUCCUCCUCCUCCUUCUAUUGACAUUUUCACACCAUCCGCAAUGUCCGACCAGUUCGACCGCAAUCUUUACAUUGGCUGCAAAGCCUAUAACGGCCUAGAAACAAGUUAUGGCUAUGUUCCUACGAGUUCUGCCGGUACUGCCUUCUGUGUGCUCUUCGGAUUGUCGAUGUUCGCUCACGUCAUCCAAUUCUGCUGGAAACGAACGUGGUGGUGCAGUGUAUUUGCAGUAGGAUCCUUUGUUGAACUGCUUGGAUGGGCUGCUCGUAGGUGGAGCGCGGAUUGCCCCUAUAAUUCCAAUGCAUUCAUGAUUCAAAUCUCAACAUUGAUCAUCGCCCCUGUCUUUUUUACCGCCGGCAUCUACAUACUCCUAGGUCGCUACAUCCAAGUAUUCGGCAAAGAGACUUCAUUCCUCACACCAAAGCUCUACCUCUGGAUCUUUUGCACCUGCGACGUGAUCUCGCUCGUCAUCCAAGCUGCAGGUGGUGGCAUUGCCAGCUCUCAAUCCGGCAAGCCGAAUGGAAACCCGGAGCCAGGUACUCACACCAUGGUCGCCGGUAUCGUCUUCCAGCUAGUCUCGAUUUCAGUCUUUGUCUACUGCUGCAUCGACUUCUUUCUACGCAUCAAGCGCUUCGGGCAGCUUAAGAUGUUCACCCACGGCCCGCUAGCAGCACUUACGAGUGCGAUGAUUCUUUCCGUGGUUUGCAUAUACAUUCGGAGUAUCUACCGUGUCGUUGAAUUGGCUCAAGGCUGGACUGGUUAUUUAAUUACUCAUGAGUCCUACUUCAUUGGUCUUGACGGUGUGAUGAUGUUUCUUGCCGUUGGAGUCUUCAACGUGUGUCACCCAGGCUGGUUGUUGCCCUCGGAGGCUGAGACGAGUUUGCCUCAAUAUCGCAGAUCUUCCGCCAAAUCGGAUGUUGAGAUGAUACGUCCGCAUGUGUGAAAGUAGUCGCACGGCUUGUGGUCUGAAUACCAAUUGAUCAGUGGGGAAUCUACUUUAAUUAUCUUCAAGUUGGACAUCAAGGGGCUUUGACGUUAUAUGGGUUCAAAAGGAGGGUACUUGCGACGCAUGCAUACUAGUGAUGAAUUGCCUAUGUUUUGAUUUUUCGAUUGCAGUUUUUUGGUAGAAGCUUUAGAAUCAUCUAAGUCUCUUAUUUCAUGUUUCGGC